AAAACCGGAAUCAUUAAAUAUACUACGGACAUUGGUAGCACGAUUAUGUCAGUCGCAAAAACAUCGUGUGUGCUAUCAAUUGUUCGAUUGCGACCAACGAUUAAAACCGCUUGGAUUUUGGCUAUUUUUUUUAUCCUAUUUAGAAACUAACAAAUUAUUGUUGAAAGCUGUCUUCUAUUAGUAUGUUCGCCCGUCAGUGUGCCUAUUACAUUAACACGAAACACUUGUCUAGCGUUGUAACAGGGAAUAUAAAAAAUAUGCCUUGCCCAUUCUUGACACGUUUAUCUGCGAAUUACAUUCGCAAUUACGGAUCUUCUGUGAUCAUGAAGUAUCGCCAGCUCUGCCCAGUAAUGUCUCAACUUUUUAGUACUCAGGCAGAGUCUGAGGAGGUACAGGAAAUUGAAAAAACUAUAAACACUCAAUGUCCAUUCCUUGCUAAAGAGCAGAAUGCUGUAAAAGUGGCAAAUCCUAUAGUAGAGGAAGACAUAAUUAAUGUGUCAUCUGUGGAGUCAAAGGGAACUUCAAGUUUUCCAUACGAGGAAUUUUUCCAUGAACAAAUCAUGAGAAAGAAGAAAGAUCAUUCCUACAGAGUCUUUAAGAAAGUGAAUCGGUUAGCAGAGAGCUUUCCAAGUGCUAUGGAGUAUUCCUGGGGUGAGAAACCGAUCACUGUAUGGUGUUCUAAUGAUUACUUGGGAAUGUCACGGCAUCCAGCAGUAACAGGUUCUGUUAGAGAGGCAUUAGAUAAGUUUGGAGCGGGAGCUGGUGGAACAAGGAACAUAUCUGGAAAUUCCGUGGGACAUGUGAUGCUGGAGAAAAGGCUUGCUUCCUUGCAUCAAAAAGAGGCUGGUCUUCUAUUCACUUCCUGUUUUGUUGCCAAUGAUUCCACCCUAUACACUUUAGCAAAACUUCUACCUGGCUGUCAUAUUUUUUCUGAUGCUGGGAAUCACGCUUCCAUGAUUCAUGGUAUAAGAAACAGUGGAGUGCCGAAGCAUAUCUUCAGGCACAAUGAUAUACAACAUUUGGAAGAGUUGCUCUCCAAAGCAGACAAGAAAAUUCCAAAAAUCGUGGCAUUUGAAACAGUACAUUCAAUGACUGGAGACAUAUGUCCCUUAGAAGAAUUAUGCGAUGUUGCACAUAAGUAUGGUGCUCUGACAUUCAUUGACGAGGUUCACGCUGUUGGAUUAUAUGGAUAUUCAGGUGCUGGUAUCGGUGAAAGGGACUGGGUGCUCCAUAAAAUGGAUAUUAUAUCUGGAACUCUAGGGAAAGCAUUUGGAAAUGUUGGUGGCUACAUUGUUGGCACUUCGAAAUUGAUAGACAUGGUAAGAAGUUACGCGGUGGGUUUUAUUUUCACGACCUCGUUACCGCCGACUGUCCUUUAUGGUGCUUUAACAUCUGUUGAAAUUCUGGCUUCGGACGAAGGAAGAGCGUUAAGAGCUGCACAUCAGAAUAAUGUAGCUUACAUGAAAUCAAUUUUAAAUGUCGCGGGUCUUCCGUUAGAACCGUCACCUUCGCACAUAAUUCCAAUAAAAAUCGGAGAUGCAUUGCUGUGUAGUCAAGUGGCUGAUUCAUUGAUAAAAGAAAAGGGACAUUAUGUUCAAGCGAUCAAUUAUCCGACUGUUCCAAAAGGGGAAGAGAAAUUAAGGCUGGCCCCAACACCGAAGCAUACUCGGGUCAUGAUGGAUCAGUUUGUGAAGGACACUUUAGAUGUCUUUCAUCAGUUAAACAUACCGACUAUCAAGCAUAAAUUGGAAAACAUGCCUCGUCCAAUUCGAGUUCAUUGAUUAACGUAAAAUAUAAAUAAAGAGUUAUUGAUACUCUGAAUGUAAUUAUUCGUGAAUACAAAUCUAUUUUAUGAUUCUAUCUAUACUGUUGAACAAGCAUCCAACAAUGGUGGUUGAAGAUUAAUUAAAUUAAAUUUAAUUAUUUUAGAGCUUUAAAAUAAAGCGUUAUUAAAAA